AUGGCCGAAAAGCAGCCCACCAACGAGCCCGGCGAGCCUCCGUCCGUUGCCGCCCUCUCGCUCGCCGAGACGGCCACCGAGCCUGUUAAGAAGGCCGCCGAGCAGGAAAUCAACCCUUGGGACGUCUCUGCCGCCGUCGACGAGCAGGGCAACACUCUGGCCUUCGACUAUGAGGCAAUCUCGCGCAAGUGGAACACCAAGCUGAUCGACGAGGCGCUGCUCGAGCGCUUCGAGCGCGUCACCGGCAAGAAGCCUCACCGCUGGCUGAGGCGCGGCCUCUUCUUCUCGCACCGCGACUUCGACCUGAUCCUCAACUACUACGAGCAAGGCCGUCCCUUCUUCCUCUACACCGGCCGCGGUCCCUCGUCGGACAGCAUGCACAUUGGCCACACGAUCCCCUUCGAGUUCACCAGAUGGUUGCAGGAGGCUUUCGACUGCCCGCUCGUCAUCAUGUUGACGGACGACGAGAAAGCCUUGUUCAAGGAUAACCUGACCUUUGAGGAGACCAUGCAGUGCGCCCGCGACAAUGCCAAGGAUAUCAUUGCCCUCGGCUUCGACCAGAAGAAGACUUUCAUUUACAGCGAUCUGAAGCACAUCGGAUACGCUGGUGGCCACAUGAUGAUCAAUGCCUGGGAGUUCUCCAAGCUUGUUACCUUCAACCAGGUCCGCGGCGCUUUCGGCUUUGACGGCAGCACCAACACCGGCCGCAUAUUCUUCCCCAUGUUCCAGUGCGUCGCCGCCUUUGCUACCUCCUACCCCGAAAUCUGGGGCGAUGACCCGAACUCCGACUUCCGGAGCAAGAAGACCGCUCAAAUCCCUUGCCUGAUCCCCUGCGGCAUUGAUCAGGAUCCUUACUUCCGUCUCGUGCGCGAAAACUCACACCGCAUGAAGCACCCCGUUCCGAAGCCGGCGCUUAUCCACUCCAAGUUCCUGACUGCCCUUCAGGGCGCUGGCGGCAAGAUGAGCGCCAGCAACCCCAACAGUGCUAUUUUCAUGUCGGAUACCCCCAAGCAAAUCCAGAAGAAGAUCAACAGCCACGCCUUCUCCGGUGGCCAGGAAACCCUUGAGCUUCACCGUGAGCUGGGUGGUAACCCGGACAUCGAUGUUGCGUAUCAAUACAUCACGUACUUCGAGGAUGACGAUGAGAAGUUGAAGACACUCUACGACGGAUACAAGAAGGGAGAGAUUCUAACGGGUGAGAUGAAGAAGGAGUGCGUCAAGCUCAUGCAGGAGUACGUCAAGGGCUUCCAGGAACGCAGAUCGAAGGUCACGGACGAGGUCAUGCAGAGUUUCAUGAAGCCAAGGAAGCUAGAAUGGGGCCUCAACCCGAACCCUAAGAAGCCCGCGAAGAAGGAGGCUGAGAAGAAGUGA